GUUGAAUGUAGUUACAUCUAUUACUGAUGUACAAUGAGUGACACUAUGAUACUCUAGAGUUACUCUUCAUCUAUAAAUGUUUUAAUCCCAUUGAAGUUGUUAUAUAUCAAUCUUCAUAGUAGUAAUCUCUCUAUAUAUGAGCCGGGUAAAUAAAUUUUGUUAACAAAACCGCAAAACAUCCACGCCGCAGUAAUUACCAACAUUCUAGAGUAACAAAAAUUAUUUCAAGAUGAGUUUGAAAAAAAAAAAAUAUUUAAACCAGAAUAAGUAAGUUAUCAAUACACCUAGAUCAAUCAAUAACUAAACUACAUCAUGUCAGCUAUAUAUAAAGCAUUACAGUCUAAGAGUUCCAAGGAGACAUCUGAAAAGGCCAAACACAUAAAUAGACAAAGAUUAUUAGUGAUAUCCUCCAGAGGUGUAACUUAUAGACAUCGUCAUUUAAUUAAUGAUUUAGUAUCAUUAUUACCACAUGCUAGAAAAGAACCAAAAUUUGAUUCUAAAAAGAAUUUAUAUCAAUUAAAUGAAGUUGCUGAAUUAUAUAAUUGUAAUAAUAUUUUCUUUUUUGAAGCUAGAAAACAUCAAGAUUUAUAUUUAUGGAUUUCAAAACCUCCUAAUGGUCCUACAUUAAAAUUUCAUGUUCAAAAUUUACAUACUUUAGAUGAAUUAAAUUUCAUUGGGAAUUGUUUAAAAGGGUCAAGACCAAUUUUAAGUUUUGAUAAAUCAUUUUUAGAAAAUGAUCAUUAUAAAUUAAUUAAAGAAUUAUUAACUCAUUCAUUUGGUGUUCCACCAAAUGCUAGAAAAUCAAAACCAUUUAUUGAUCAUGUUAUGACAUUUUCUAUUGUUGAUAAUAAGAUUUGGGUUAGAAACUAUCAAAUCAAUGAAUCCAAAGAUGUGAAAGAAGCUGAAGAUAAUAAUGAUGAUAAGAAUGUUCAAAAUGAAGACGAAUUAAAUUUAGUUGAAUGUGGUCCAAGAUUUGUUUUAACAUUGAUUACUAUUUUAGAAGGAUCAUUUGGAGGUCCAAAAGUGUAUGAAAAUAAACAAUAUGUUUCACCAAAUUUCGUUAGAGCUCAAUUAAAACAACAAUCUGCUGAUCAAGCUAGAUCAAGAGCUGAAGCUGCUUUAAAUAAAAAAGUAAAGAGAAGAAAUAAUGUAUUGAAAGUUGAUCCAUUAUCCAAUGAUGCAUUAUUUAAGUAAAGUUAGCAGUAUAUAUACGAUGAUAGUUGUAGUAAAUUUUGUAUAAUAGAGGUAU